GUAGCCUCAAACUUUGAUACUAAGAGCACGAACGGAAAAUUCACAGUAUGAAAACCAAUUUUUUAUUAAAAAUAUUGGGUUUACUUUACUUCUUCUAUUAUCAUCAUGAAUACAAGUUAUAGAGGAAAGAGGAGAGAGAAAAUAGAGGUAAAGAAUGACCUAAACAAAGAGAAGCAUGUUGCCAAAUGACUUGUCUUUUUCAGUUUCCAUUUUAAUAUCUAUUAAUGGAAUAUGGAGAGAGAUUAUAUUUGGAAUAUAGAGAGAGAUUAUAUUCUCUGCUCAGCUUUGUAGCUCAUGUUCUCUGUCUUUCUGUCUCUACUGUAAGGGCAGGAACUUGAUACAGAAUUGCUAGGAAGAUAUGGAGGACAACUGUGAAAUCAAGAAAGAUAUUACUGAAUUGAUAGGUAACACUCCUAUGGUGUAUCUCAAUCAUGUUGUGGGUGGUUGUGUAGCCCGCAUUGUUGCCAAGCUUGAAACGAUGGAACCUACAUCAAGUGUUAAAGACAGAAUUGCAUACAGCAUGAUCAAAGAUGCAGAAGAUAGAGGCUUGAUUACUCCAGGAAAGACCAUCCUCGUUGAACCUACGAGUGGUAACACUGGCAUUGGAUUGGCUGCAAUUGCUGCAGUGAAGGGCUACAAGGUUAUACUCAUCAUGCCUGCGUCAUAUAGUCUUGAGAGAAGAAUUGUGCUGCUGGCUCUUGGAGCUGAGAUUCACCUUACUGAUCCAGCCAAGGGCAUCAAUGGUGUACUUCAAAAGACUGAUGAGAUACUAAGUGAAACGCCUAAUUCGCAUAUGCUUGGGCAAUUUCUGAAUCCUGCCAAUCCAAAGAUUCAUUACGAAACCACUGGCCCAGAAAUAUGGAGAGACACUGGAGGAAAAGUUGAUGCUCUGGUUGCAGGGAUUGGAACUGGUGGAACUGUGUCUGGAGCUGGGAAAUUCCUCAAGGAGAAAAACUCAGAGAUUAAGGUGUACGGCAUAGAACCAACUGAAAGUGCAGUUCUGAGUGGAGGAAAUCCUGGUCCACAUCUGAUCCAAGGAAUUGGUGCUGGUAUGAUCCCUGAUGUUUUGGAUGUUGACUUGCUGGAUGAAGUAUUUCAAAUAUCAAGCGAGGAAGCCAUUGAAACUACAAAGCAGCUUGCCCUCAAAGAAGGUUUAUUGGUUGGUAUAUCUUCUGGCGCUGCAGUAGCAGCUGCUAUUACUUUGGCAAAGAGACCUGAAAAUGCUGGGAAACUCAUUGCAGUUAUAUUGCCUAGUUUUGGUGAGCGUUACCUAUCUACAAAGCUCUUUGAUUCGGUUAGGCAUGAGGUUGAAAACAUGACUAUUGAUUUUUGAUUGACAUGUGAAGUUUCUACUUAUUAUCUGUAAUAGCUUUAUUACCACAUGGAUUGGAACUCCUGUAAAAAUCCCAGAUACUUCAAAGCUGGACAUGUUGGCUUCAAGGAGUUAAAAUUAUUCUCUUUUCAUACAAAUUAUAUAUUUAAUGAUUAUUAUUAACA